UCUUCCUUUUUUUUUUUUCUGCUUCCAGACAUGGACUACUGCUACCGAUGCAACAACAAAACCUACUGGGCUCCCAUCAACAGCUCCACGUGCUACAGAAAGACCAUCUAUUUCCUUGCCUGGACUGACUGGUUUGCUAUCUUCCUCCUCCUCCUCUCUGCUUUUGGGGUUGUGUUGGUUUUGUCCGUUUGUGUAAUAUUUACCAAAAACUUGGACACACCAGUCGUAAAGGCAUCUGGUGGUCUGACUGUCUGCUAUAUUAUUCUCUUCAGCCACUUCUUAAUUUUUUUAAGCACUGUCUUCUUCAUAGAUGUACCCACAGAAUUCAAAUGUAAAACUAGGCAAGCACUCUUUGGCAUAAGUUUUACGCUCUGCAUUUCAUGUAUUUUAAUAAAGUCGCUAAAAAUUUUAUUAGCUUUCAGCUUUGAUCCCAAGCUUCAAAAUUUCCUGAAAUGCAUGUAUAAACCUAUUCCCACUGUGGUCACCUGCACUGGAAUUCAAGUUAUCAUUUGCACCUUCUGGCUAAUAUUUAACACACCUUUUGUAAAUCAAAAUUUCUCAAUCCCAAGAGCAAUAAUACUGGAAUGCAAUGAGGGGUCCAUUGUAGCUUUUGGGAUUAUGUUGGGCUACAUCGCUGCCCUAGCAUUUAUUUGCUUCAUAUUUGCCUUUAAAGGUAGGAAGUUGCCAGAGAAUUACAAUGAAGCUAAAUUCAUCACUUUCGGCAUGCUAAUUUACUUUAUAGCAUGGAUCGUAUUUAUCCCUGUCUAUGCAACUACAUUUGGUAAAUACUUGCCAGCAGUGGAAAUCAUCGUUGUUUUAAUAUCUAACUAUGGAAUCUUCUGCUGCACUUUUCUUCCAAAAUGCUAUAUCAUCAUUUACAAGCAAGAGACAAACACAAAAUCUGCCUUUCUCAAAAUGGUUUACACUUACUCCUCUAAGAGUGCAGGCAGCGUUGCUGUUAGCCAGGUUUCUUUAGAUUCAAAAUCUUCCAGC